AUGCUUUACUAUGUUAUUCGUCGUCCGUCUCAUCCUAAUAUAACAAAUUCUUCUGACCAAUCAACAAAUAAUCAAAAACGUGGGUCAAUUCCGACAACAAAGUUGAUGCCACGGUAUCACUAUUCGCGAAUAGUUCCAAAUAGUGCUACAAAUAAUACUGAUUCACUUUUAACACGAAAUAGUUUCGAUGGACAUAUAUCAAAACCAACAAUGACAGUGACGACGACGAGCAAUAAUAAUAAUAUUAUUAUUAAUCCUUAUGGAUCUUUUAAAUCAACAUUCAUUCCGCUUGUUACCAAUAAUCGAACAAUACCACCGAAUAGGCGUGAUUUUAUUCAGAUACCAAUAACCAGAGAGGAUGGCACGCCUAUUACAGCUAAUAAUCAAAGUCGCUCUGUACCGGUUACUUUUAUUAGUCAAACAACUUCAUUACCAGUUGCUGGAAAUAAUAAUAAUAAUAAUGAAAAUACAAAUUCAAGACCAAAUUUUAUUAAUUUGUUACGACCAAAUUCAAAAUAUUUUCAACGUCAUUUUAAUGAUACUACUGACAACGUACCACCAACAACAUUAUCAAGUAGGCCACGUUUGCCUUCUGUUACACGUCGUUUAAGUCUUACAAUACCAAUUAUAACAACAACAAAUACUGAUGAUGACGCAGCAAAAUCAACAGUUCCAUCAUCACCUACUCGACAAAUUCCUAUUCAUCUUCCACAACCAGCAACUGUUACUUCAAUACCUACAAAUAGUUCUCAUGUAACAAGUGGUAUUCUUCAUUCAUCAUCACCAAUAAAUCCCGUUGAAAAUCAAAAAAUUGAUAUAGAAGAUGAACCAUUAUCAUCACCAACAUUAUUAACAAAUAAUAAUUCUCAACAAUCAUCAUCUGAUUCAACUCUUACAUCUUCAAAUAUAUCACCUAUACGUCGAGCUGAAGCUAUGGCUCGUGAAGCUAUACAAGGUAUUGCACGACUUCAACAACAACGAAAUAGUUUAAUAUCAGAAAAUAAUGGUCGAUCGCCUAGUUUAUCUCGUCGUGUUAUUAUAAAUUUAAAAAACAAUCAAUCUGUUUCACUUGAUAGUCGUCUUUCAUCUGCAAUGAAACCACCACCAAUUCCAUCCUCUUCUCGUACAAAACAAAGAAAUAAUUUUUUUCAUAUACCUGUUUUACAUGAAAUUCAAGUACCUUCGCAUUCAGCGUCACAACAAACUGAAACAAUUUCUCAAUCAUUAUCUGCUAGUAAUAAUAAUAAUAAUAAUAAUGAAAAUUAUAAAAAUGAAUUUCAUUUGGAAAUUCCAGUUACAAUUACUACUAGCAAUGAUCAAGAAAAUCAAAAUCAAAUAAAUAACGGAAAAGAAGAUGGAAUAAAUAGUCAUGAACGUAUUCCAUCUGGAAAUAAUAAUUCAAAUCAAACGCUCAAAUCUAUUUUAAAACGAUCCUCAUCAAGAGAAACUGUAUCAAGAAAAAAUGUAAGCUUUAUGAAUGCUUAA